UUGCGGAUUAUUUAAAUAAUGAACGUGCUUCAGUGACGUGCAUCUGGCUGCUCAUACACUCUGGUCCUUCCAUGGUCACAGCUGAGCGGUCUCCCUUUUUGAGUGCACUGAUGCAUGGCUUAACUCUCCACACUGCAGCUUUCUUUUGGUGACCUGACUCCCACGGCAACUGUUACUAAACACACAUUGUGCAAAUUCCGAGCCUUGAGGGACGAACCGACUCAUUUAUCGAUGAAAAGGUAAGUAAUAAUUCACUAGAAUUCUAUGUACUGGCAACAGAUUGACUGGAGAGAUCCUGACUCAGAGAUAAGGACCUGGCAAAAUGAUACUCCCAGCCAUCACUGCAGCUGCCACACCCGUGUGUGCACCAUCAGAACCACGAUGCCCUUGUGUUAACCCCCUUAGGCUUCCACUGAUUUCCCCCUCUGACCGUUUGUGGAGCAGUACACGGAGCAUCCCCAGACUGGACCCCUUACAUCCACCUUUAGUCCACAAACGCACCGUCAGUCUGGAGACUCCAGCUAUUCACCACCACAACCACCAGAGAACCCUCAUCAUGCAGAAGAGAGAGUAUAACAGGUGGAUCGACAACCGCAGUGUCCUGAAUUCCUCGAGCUUAAACCAGUUCUGUUUCAGGUAUCAUCAAGUGUGGAGGAAACCCUUUUAUGGGAGCAGCGGUGAGAGAGAAGAGUACAGGAAAGAGCUGCGUGAGCAUUUAAAGAAGCAGAUGGAGGAGAAGUGCGCAGCCAUCAAGCUGCAGCUGACAAGCAGGGUCAAAGAAGCAGAGCACCUCCGAGAGGUCGACCGCCUUGACCUGUCCAGCGACAGACAACAGAAGGUCCAACGCAGAGGAGCAAUGUUCAUCUACAGGGAUGAAAACAAGAAACUAAUGGAGCAGAGCUGGAGGGACAGAGCUCUCACACGCUCACAGGAGGUCCUGAGGGAGAGACAGCUGCUGCAUCUGAACCCCAUCAACUGGAGCGGGACACUAAAAUAAGCAUCUGAAGAUUUCACCAACGUCGUUUUAAUAUUGCUCUCAUGUAGAAUUGAGAGGAGCAACUGGAGUUAACAUGUUUUGGAGGAAUCUUUUUUGUUUUAUUGGAUAAUCAUCCACAAUAAAAAUUAACAUUGCAAAAUCUCCAAUUAAAAAGUGACAUUUUUAUUACGAUCAAAACAAUCCAUAUCCCUCAUCUUCAACUUCUGGACAAUAAAAUGGCUUGCAUUUC